CUCAAAACUUAUGAACACACGAGUUAUACUUUUACCUCUUCUUGUGGCGUCUCUGUGACUAGACGUCAAAAUUGCGUCUGUUUUGCGAGUAGGUGUAUGACUAGCAACUAUUCCAGUUCAUCUCCAUAUCCGAGCGCUUUCAUGUUUGUGAUGCUAUGGAGGUUACUCGGUGAACCUAAGUGUCUUUCCCGGCAGUAUUAAUAUUACUUACAUUAAUCAAAUAUUAAUAGGUUAGCAAAGAUAUAGAUCUGACGGAUAAAACUUGUUUGAUAACUGGCGCAAAUAGUGGUAUCGGCUUAGAGAUGACACGGUGUCUGAUUGCGCAUAACUGUACUGUGUUAAUGGCGUGCCGCAACCCUUAUGAGGCUAAUGGUGCUAUCAAGAAUUUUUGUGAUAGUCAACAGCUCCUACACUUUUACAAGACCAAUCUGGCCUCUCUUAAUUCUGUUAAAAACACAUCGGAUGAAUUAUUAAAGCUGGACAGAAAAAUCGACAUAGUUCUUUUAAAUGCCGGUGUAUUUGGUUUACCGUGGACGCUCACAGAGGACGGUUUAGAGACCACCUUCCAGGUCAACUAUUUGAGCCAGUAUUAUUUGUUGUUGAAUAUUGAAAAGAUGCUAGCACCAGACGCUCGUGUAGUAUUUGUAUCGUCCGAGUCGCACAGGAACAUUAAGUGGUCUUUGGACAAUGUACUGGCCCCGACAGUUGAUUUAUUAUCUUUACCCAAAGAUCAAUAUACUUCAAUAAGAGCAUACAACGUGUCAAAGUUGUGCAGUAUUCUUGCUAUGCACUAUUUGGGUUAUCGCUGGUUAAAUACAAACAAACAGGUGUUCUGUGCACAUCCCGGUUCGUUUGUGAAGACUAAGCUAUGCCGCAAUUGGUGGGUUUACGAAUUCCUCUACACUGCAAUGAAGCCUUUCUCAAAGUCAAUUGCUCAAGCCGCUAGUACGCCAUUGUAUUGUGCAAUUUCAUCGGAAGUAAAGGGCUUAUCAGCAGUAUAUUUCAAAGAUUGCCAAAGAUAUGAGGAGAGCGAUCUCGCACAGGAUUUUCAACUGGCAUUCAGAGUGCAGGAUCUCACGUAUGAGCUUUUGCGUUACAGGGCUGCCUCCAAGGCAGAAAUAUUAUCCGAAUGUGAGGAGCAAAACAAAGGUCCAGUAGGCGAAGCCCUGGUCUCGAGUUAAAAUUAACUAACUUACGAUACUAACUUAUCUUGAUAAUUAAUUUCAACGCUAUUAGCGUAUAUUUUGAUCAAAUUGUAAACUUACAUUUUUCUAAUAAAUUGGGUG